AUGCGCUCCAGUCUCUCCUGCGAAUUCUGCCGACGGUCCAAGAUCAAGUGCGUCAACAGCGGAAGUCCGCCGUGUACCAAAUGCGAGAAGUCGGGAAGAUCGGACUGUGUACUGACCAGACCCCACGUCGCGCCGAAUGGACGGGCGGCUAAGCGGGCGCGGCGAGCAACGGAAGAGGCUUCAUCUGUAUCCCAUGAUCAGGACAUUGGGUCUCAGCGACAACUUCUCUCUGCGCCCCAUUCACGGGGCCCGGCGACGCCGUCGUCGGGAUUGGAGUAUCGAGAUGGCAGGCAGGAAAUGGACCACCAUCUCGAGCAAAUCCCCAAAGAUGUUGUCUACAUCGCUCUCGAGGCCUUCUGGCGCAAGUUCCCUGAGCUUCGCGUUAUUCACCCCUCAUCUUUCAUGAAAUCGUUUGGGUCCAAUUGCCCUAGAGAAAGUAAGGCGUUGUUGGCCACAGUUCUUGCAAUGACCAAGACCCAGAAGCCGGAUUCGGAUCGUCUGCGAUCGCAGAUCCUCUUUCCGAGCGAAAGAUAUGCAUCAUAUGCAUGUGAUGUCCUAGCAGCAUGCAUACUCCAGCCACCAGAUGUCAAAGUCAUCCAGGCCCUCCUUAUUCUUACGUUGUAUGAAUGGGGCACGCGAGAUUUCCACAAGGCCUGGAUGCAUUGUGGAAUUGCAAUUCGGAUGAUGCAAUUACUUCAUAGUUCGCGAGUAGCGCCCUUUCCACUUGAGAUUCCACAACGCAGCGAGCAAAACAGCCUCACUCCCGCAAUCGAGACAAGGACAUUCUGGGCAUGUUUCAUUAUGGACUGCAUGGUGAGCUCGGGAACAUACAACCCACGGGUGCUUCCCAAACAGGAGAUGGCAAAGCUGAAUGUGCCGCGGCCGCCUACUUCUACCGAGUUUGCUUUAGGACCAGGAUCGUCAGCGCAAGCUGAAGGUGCGGGGGAAAAUUUCACAUCGAGUGGAACCGCAACUUCGGUGUAUCUUGAUUUGGACCAGAGUUUUGGGGUCAUGGCUGAUGGGUUCGACAUCUACUCUGAUGUCAUGGCUUUUGUGUUCAACGACGGGCGUAAAGCGCCAGGCAUGUGCUUACCCGAGAACUGCCCCUGGGUUCCUACAUCACCCGUGGCAUGUUGGCGUCGGAGACUGGAGGAAUGGAGAACGAAGCAGCACCAUCGAUUACACUAUCCGGCCAACAGCGUUGCUGCAUACGCUACACUAGGCUAUGGUGAAUCCUUCGUCUAUCUAAAUCUACUUUAUUACCAAAGUGUUGUCAUGCUUCAGCGAGAAUACUUUCCGUUCCUACCGACUAUUGACAUGACUCCUCGUGGACCCAUAGAUCCCCCUACUCUUGAAGCUGAGGCUCCCCCGGGCUGGUGGGAACAAAGUGCAAAAGAGCUAUUCGAAGCAGCAGGCCACCUGUCCAGCGUUCUUCGAGAAGCUUCAGAAUGUGGCGUUGCAGUCAUGACGCCCUUCGCUGGGUUCUGUGCGUUCUCAUCUUGCUACAUCAAUCUAUAUGGAUUCAUGUUCCCGAGAAUUGGCGUUGGCUAUGCUACCAGGGCGGAAGAGUACAUGAAUUGGAGUAUAGAGUAUCUCAACAAGUUUCGCGAAGUCUGGGACCUCGGGGACGGAUGGCUCAAGACCAUCCAGAACGGGUCGUUGAUGUACCAACGAGCCACGUCUGACGCCCAGAAAUAUCGCGGACGAUCUCGCUUUGACUUCAGUGUCUUACAUCAGUCUGUUCAUGAAUUUCGGGUAGUCGAUAGAUCUGCUCAACAUUUAGAGGAAAUCAAUAACGCUGAGCGGGGCGCCGUCAGCACCGGCGAGGGCAGCAAUGUGUCAGGCGACAAGGCGAAUCAGAAUAUCGGCGGGUUAAACCCACAAGCGUUGAUAGACGCUGUUGGCAGUAUGGAUGAUCAAGGGCUUUGGCCGAAUUGGUGGUCAAUGCUGGAAGAUGUCGAUGCUUCAGAGAUGUUCACGAUGGGCUAG